AUGGUUGCCGCCGCCAUGCAGGCCCUCUUUGACCAGACCGACCUCUCCCUCUCCCUCUCCCUGGUCCCCGCCGCCGCGCCGGCGCUCAACAAGGACGACUACCUCGCCAUCUGCCUCGCCGCGCUCGCCAAAAGCGGGCAGCAGGUGCAGGGGAUGGAGGGGCAAGCGAGAGUGUGGCGCCCGGCCCCCGCGCCGGCGCAGGAGCUGCGCUUCAGCUGCGCGGUCUGCGGGAAGGCCUUCGCGUCGUACCAGGCGCUCGGCGGGCACAAGUCGAGCCACCGCAAGCCGCCGCCCACCGGAGAGCGGUGCGUCGUGGUGGCGCAGGCGUCCGCGGGCACUGGGUCGGAGGCGAGCGCGGCGGCGUCCUCGGGCGGGAGCAGCGGCGGCCCGCACCAGUGCACCGUCUGCGGGCGGGGCUUCGCGACCGGGCAGGCGCUCGGCGGGCACAAGCGCUGCCACUACUGGGACGGCACCUCCGUGUCCAUGUCCGUCUCCGUCUCCGUGUCGGCGUCGUCCUCCGUGCUGAGGAACUUCGACCUGAACCUGCUGCCCAUGCCGGAGAACGUUAAUGCCGGGUUGAAGAGGUGGGCCGAGGAGGAGGAGGUGCAGAGCCCUCUCCCCGCCAAGAAGCUCAGGCUUUUGCUGUAG